AUGUCUGAAAUUACCUUGGGUCGUUAUUUGUUCGAAAGAUUAAAGCAAGUUGAAGUUCAAACCAUCUUCGGUUUGCCAGGUGACUUCAACUUGUCCUUGUUGGACAAGAUUUAUGAAGUCCCAGGUAUGAGAUGGGCUGGUAACGCCAACGAGUUGAACGCUGCUUACGCUGCUGAUGGUUACGCCAGAUUAAAGGGUAUGUCCUGUAUCAUCACCACUUUCGGUGUCGGUGAAUUGUCCGCCUUGAACGGUAUUGCUGGUUCUUACGCCGAGCAUGUUGGUGUUUUGCACGUUGUUGGUGUUCCAUCUAUCUCAUCUCAAGCUAAGCAAUUGUUGUUGCACCACACUUUGGGUAACGGUGACUUCACCGUUUUCCACAGAAUGUCUGCUAAUAUCUCUGAGACUACUGCUGUGUUGACUGACAUCACCUCUGCUCCAUCUGAAAUUGACAGAUGUAUUAGAACCUGUUACAUCACCCAAAGACCAGUUUACUUGGGUCUCCCAGCCAACUUGGUUGACUUGAUGGUCCCAGCUUCUCUAUUGUCUACUCCAAUUGACUUGAGCUUGAAGCCAAACGACGCUGAAGCUGAGGCUGAAGUUGUCGAGAGUGUUUUGCAAAUGAUCGCCAACGCUAAGAACCCAGUUAUCUUGUCCGAUGCUUGUGCCUCCAGACACGAUGUUAAGGCUGAGACCAAGAAGUUGAUUGACGCUACUCAAUUCCCAGCUUUCGUUACUCCUAUGGGUAAGGGUUCUAUCGACGAACAACACCCAAGAUUCGGUGGUGUUUACGUCGGUACCUUGUCUAGCCCAGAAGUUAAGGAAUCAGUUGAGUCUGCUGACUUGAUCUUGUCUGUCGGUGCAUUAUUGUCUGACUUUAACACUGGUUCUUUCUCUUACUCUUACAAGACCAAGAACAUUGUUGAGUUCCACAGUGACCACAUCAAGAUUAGAAACGCUACCUUCCCAGGUGUCCAAAUGAAAUUCGUUUUGCAAAAGUUGGUCAGCCAAGUUGGUGAUGUCAUCAAGGGUUACCAACCAGUCCCAGUUCCAGCUGGUCAAACCAAGAACGAGCCAACUGACGACUCUACCCUACUAUCCCAAGAAUGGCUAUGGAAGCAAGUUGGUGACUUCUUGCAAGAGGGUGAUGUUGUCAUCACUGAAACCGGUACUGCUGCCUUCGGUAUUAACCAAACCCGUUUCCCUAACCAAGCCUACGGUAUCUCCCAAGUCUUGUGGGGUUCCAUUGGUUUCACUACUGGUGCUUGUUUGGGUGCUGCUUUCGCUGCUGAAGAAAUUGACCCAAAGAAGAGAGUCAUUUUGUUCAUUGGUGACGGUUCCUUGCAAUUGACUGUUCAAGAAAUCUCCACUAUGGUUAGAUGGGGUUUGAAGCCAUACUUGUUCGUCUUGAACAACGAUGGUUACACCAUUGAGAGAUUGAUCCACGGUGAAAAGGCCCAAUACAACGACAUUCAGCCAUGGAAGCACUUGAACUUGUUGCCAACUUUCGGUGCCAAGGACUACGAAGCUAUUAGAGUUUCUACCACUGGUGAAUGGAACAAGUUGGCUUCUGACAGCGCUUUCAACGAAAACUCCAAGAUCAGAAUGAUCGAAGUUAUGUUGCCAGUCAUGGAUGCUCCUUCCAACUUGGUCAAGCAAGCCCAAUUGACUGCUCAAACUAACGCUAAACAAGAAUAA